AUUCAUAUCAGUUCAUGUUUAUUAAUGUGUGACCAACCACUUACAAAAUAAUUUAUAAACGUGUACCCUUCUCAAAAUACUGACUCCCGUUGUUCGAAAGUAACGUACAAAUAUGAAAAUAAUGCUCAAGAUAUAAUUGAUCAGUUUCUGUCAGUAUUUCCUUAACUCAACGUAUUUUAUGACAGCGGUGAAUCCAUAGUCUUCCUGUUAAGACGGAAUAAAUAAAAACAAUUGACGACUGCCAGUUAUAAGCCUUAUAAAACACCGUAAGGUUUGGGAUGUGCGAUACAGAUUAACACUGACUCCCAUGGUGUGACACAGAAUGACCUCGGUGAUCCUGUGCAUCACGUUCACGGUAGUUGCUAUAAAAGCUUCUCCAUGCAAAGACAACCAGCAUUGUUCAGACUGCGACAUCACGACGGGACAUUGCCUCACUGAGUGUGACAUUGGGUAUUUUGAUCUGAAAUGUUUGUCAGUUUGUGACGGAUAUUGUAAAUAUAACCUGUGUAGUCAGUCAGACGACGGUGGUGGACGUUGUACCGAGGGAUGUGUCCCAGGAUAUCAAGGCAGGAGAUGCAACAUACCAUGUGACAGUCCAGGAGGUAACUGUACAGCAUGUCCAGGUGGUUGUGAUGGAGGAUAUUGUCAGCUGGGCUCCUUCUGUGUGUCUGGAUGUGAGGACUCCUACUACGGGUCUGGUUGUUACAACACAUGCAACACAAAUUGUCGUCCUAACCCUUUUACCUUGGAUGAACAGUCUUCAAUGGUUACUAAAAGUGACUGUAAUAAGAUGAGUGGAGACUGUAUCUAUGGAUGUAAAGAAGGCUGGUAUGGUCCACGAUGCUCCUCCCAGUAUAGUAAAGCGGAAAUACUGUAUGCUGUGAAAGUAGGACUACCGACAACAGCAUUGCUUGUAGUCUUCCUAGCUGUGUGCUGCCGGUUCUGCAAAUGCGGUCGAUGUCAAUGUUGCAGUCAAGCAGAAACUGCUCGGGGCAACAGAGAGGAUGCCUAUUCUUUGGACUACCUGGACUCAGAUUGGUCCUGCGAAAUAGAACAGGAAGAUGCGGUCAUGGACCAUGAGGGAACAUGUAUGACCCAAGGCGAUGGGAAGGGAUGUAAGCUGUACGAUGAAACCUACAGUUCACCUGAAGCAAGUGGCAUGUCAGAUAGACGUGAGGUGUGUGAUGUAGGAUACAGUUCACCUGAAGCAACUGGCAUGUCAGAUAGACGUGAGGUGUGUGAUGUAGGAUACAGUUCACCUGUUCAUGUUUAUGAUGCCAGAACUGCUGUGAACUACAUUUCCCCAGUUCAGGACAGACGCUAGUCGUCUUUUAAUAGUAAACGUUUGUUUCAUUUUAACAUACACAUGCCAGGUAGUGUUUAAAUUUCUCAAGCGGAAAAUAAAAUGCCAUUCGCAGAUUGCA